UCUUCUCUCUCUCUGGCAGCCCUCAGUUAUUUGGCAGGAGUGACCAGAAUAAAAACAGGAACACCAGACAGAAGAGAAAAAUAUGCAAUGAUCCAUCGAACCAAAGGCUUUGCCCUUUUUAAUUACGUAGUGUCCUGUAUCCUUUCUUUUUUUUUUUGACAUAUUUUUGAAGUGGUAAUUAGCUCUCGGAGAAUAAAACCUGCUGAUAUGGGGAGGGCCGGAGCAUUUUGGGGCGAGAUGGCUAGCAGGAGGGUUGUGUUGCUUCUUCUCGGAUUCUUUCUCACCACACAGCCGAGUCCUUCACUUCAGGGAGGAGUGUAUCUGCCACAGGGGGCAGUCGGAGGAGGACCAGGAGGUGCUGGAGUGUACCCAGGUGCUGGGACAUACUCAUUCAAACCGGCCAAAGCUGCAGCAGGGGGGUACGGAGGAGCUGCUGGGACUCUCGGCACUGGUGCUCAGACAGGGUCUGGAGGUUUUGGAGCUGGUGGCUAUGGGGCUUAUGGUGCCUAUGGUGGUGCUGGGAGAUUCUACCCAGGAACUGGGGGCAUGAAGGCAGCUAAAUCAGGUAUUGGGCUACCAGGUGGAGUUUUGCCUGGGGGAGUUUUACCUGGAGGAAUUCUACCAGGAGGUGCUGUUGGAAAGCCCCAUAAAGGAGGUAGACCAGGUACAGGCGGAACUGGUGCUGGUCUUCCAGGACAAGUCAUUCCUCAGACCGGUGGGCACGGUGUAGUUGGACCAGGUGGAAAACCAGCAAAGGCUGGAAAAGCCCCAGUGCCGGGUGUGGGAGUGCCUGGACCAUAUCAGGGAGGUCUUAUUCCUGGACAAGGAUUUAAUGGGCGGGGAGUUCUUCCUGGUGUAGCCACAGGAACUGGACUCAAACCAAAAUCAGCUGGUGGAGGGCUGGGUCUGGUACCAGGUACUGGAGGCCGUGGAUAUGGGGGACCGCUGCAGCAAGGAUUAUUUCAUGGAUACCCUCUCAAAUCUCCCAAAGCCCCAGGUGUUGGGUCCCUCUAUACUGGUGGCAAACUUCCAUACGGUUAUGGUGGCUUUGGUGGAGGUGCUGGUCUUCCUGGGGGGAAAGCUGGAUCCAAGCCAGGGUAUCCUACAGGAACUGGUGUGGGGUCUCUAGGGGUCUCUGCUGCACAGGCUAAAGCUGCUAAAUAUGGUACUGGAGCUGGUUUAGGUGGGACUGGAGCGUUGCCAGGUGGUCCUGGUAGACUUUAUCCUGGUGCAGGAGGUGUCCUCACACCGGCUCAAGCCAAAGCAGCUAAAUAUGGUGCUGGUCCUGGUGUUCCUGGAAUCGGUGGUUUACCAGGCACAGGUGGACUCUUUCCUGGAGCAGGUGCUGGAGCUGGGAUUGUGCCUGGUACUGCUGUUGUACCAGGAGCUGGAGGCAUCUACCCUGGAGUAGUCUUCCCUGGAACAGGAGGUACUGGAGCUGGUUUAGGUGGGACUGGAGCAUUGCCAGGUGGUCCUGGUGGACUUUAUCCUGGUGCAGGAGGUGUCCUCACACUGGCUCAAGCCAAAGCAGCUAAAUAUGGUGCUGGUCCUGGUUUUCCUGGAAUCGGUGGUGUACCAGGCACAGGUGGACUUUUUCCUGGAGCAGGUCCUGGGGCACUCUCCCCUGCUCAAGCCAAAGCUGCUAAAUACGGUGCUGGAGCUGGGAUUGUGCCUGGUACUGCUGUUGUGCCAGGAGCUGGAGGCAUCUACCCUGGAGUAGUCUACCCUGGAACAGGAGGUGUGGCAGCAGGGGGCAGUGUAAUCCCAGGCUACGGAUCAGUCACUGGCAUAGGAAGACUUCCGGGAACUAGUGGACUAGGAGCUGGGGGCAAACCACCUAAAUAUGGAGUGCCUGGAGGAGCAGGAGUUCCAGGAGGAGUAACAGGUGCUGUCCCUGGAGGAGUGCCCAUAACUGGAGGAGGAGGAUAUGGAACUGGGGUAAAACCAUAUAAAUAUGGAGUUGCAGGAGGGGCAGGGACAGUGCCGGGAGCGGGGGCUGUAAAAGGAGCAGGGACGGUACCGGGAGCUGGAGGAGUGCCAGUGCUUGGAACUGGGACAGGUUUGGCACCCGGAGCAGGGGUUGGAGGAUAUCCCGGUGGAAUCAAACCUCCUAAAACCGGUUUUGGGAUCACUGGAACUGGUGCAGCAGUUCCAGGUGCAACACCUGGGGGUACUGGUGUGGUGGUGGUACCGGGUGGGACAGGGGUGGGUGUUUCUGGUGGUACUGGGGGGCCUGCUUUAUCAAGUGGGAAACCAGCAAAAUUCCCAACCUUGGCUCCUGAGGGGACUGCUGUACCAGGUGGAGCACAAAGAGUCCCCGCUGCUGGGGUGCCUAAACCUGGAGCUGGUCGUGGAGGGGUUUACCCCUAUCCCUAUGGUCCAUAUUAUGGUGGUGCCAGACUGUCUGGCAUUGGUACCAGCGUGUUACCUGGAGCCAAGCCACUGAAAGCCCCCGGUGUUGGAGGUGCAGGUAGUGUUGCAGGUGUGGGUGGUGUUGGUGGGGCAGGGGCUAUUCCUGGACUUACACCUGGAGCAGGUGAAAGAUUUCCAGCAGGUGUUGGGUUGGGAACUGGUGGUGUCAGAACUGGUGCUAAACCACCCAAACCAGGCUAUGGCUCUUUGGGCACAGGAUAUGUACAGCCAGGUGGUGCAUAUCCAGGGGCAUAUGGUGGAUACCCACAAGCAUAUCCAGGCAAAGCAGCCAAGUAUGGAGGUGGACUGUAUGGAUUCCUUGGAGGCGGUUAUCAAGGUGGAGCGGGCUGCCAAGGAAAAUACUGCGGCCGGAGGCGAAAAUAAGCAAUCUCUUGAGACGUGAAUGACCUCAAGAAAUAUGGUGCUACUGCAUGCUCUAGAAUGUACUUUACUCCAACAACCAAUCCCGUCAUGCACAAAUAUUAUGUUUUGUACUGAUAGUAAAUAUUAUUUCCUAUAUGCUAGUACAGCUUCUAGUGUUUUGUUACAAUAUUUUCAGUCCUGAUUGUUUAUGGCACAUUCCAUGUUACUGUUUCAUAUUUUAGGGUUGCAUAACAUAGUGAAUAUUAACCAGGCAAACUUUUGUAUACGCAAUUGAUACUAUAGCACUCUUAAAAAAAUGGCAUCUCUAGACAUCAUUUUUUAAUUUUUUUGCUGUUACUUUUUCAACACGUUCAAGGUACACAAUUAGAGUUGAGUGUCCUGUCAUACUGCUGAUAUCCCAUCUGGCCUUGUGAAAGCUUAGUCAGUGAGACAGCGUACAGUACAAUUUCCAAGUCACAUUUUACCCUCAAUUAAGAAGAGAAAGAUACAUUACGAGAAACAGAAAUAUAGCCUGUAAGAACAUGCAGAUAUUGCAUUGUGACAUUAUUCCCUGACAAUCAACAAUUAAAUAUGAUGUUGCUGGAUGUUUGGGGGGGAAUUGUAAUCAUCAAUUGUUUUAACUACAAUUGUUGUACUUUUUGUGUAAAGCUGAAAUCUUAAUAUUUCCUAAAAUAGGCUUCUUGUGAAUAAAAAAUACAUAUAGGCCUAUGGAA